AUGUCCCAAAACAAAGAUAUAUUCACCUUGUUUGACAAGAAAGGCCAGGGCUCUAUCCCAAAGGAUGUUGUUGGCGAUUACUUGAGGGCCAUUGGUUACAACCCAACAAAUAAGCAAGUUACUGAGAUAUUAAGUGGUAGCGGUGAGGCUCUGACGCUUCCGGAAGUUGAGGAAUUGGUCAAGAAGAAUGAGGCGAUGCUUGAUGCCACUACAAAGGGUAAGCUAGAAGAUUUCGUGAAGGCAUUCCAGGUCUUUGACAAGGACAACACUGGUAAAGUGUCAGUUGGUGACCUAAGGUACAUGUUGACUGGUCUUGGUGAGAAGUUGACUGACGAAGAAGUAGACGAGUUGCUAAAGGGUAUAGAAGUUGACUCCGAGGGCCAGAUAGAUUAUAAGAAGUUUAUUGAGGAUGUCCUGAGACAAUGA